GAAAGGCUCGCAUUCUUAACACUUCCUACACGUACUCGCAUUGACCUGGGUUUUCUAUUGGAUCAUCGGGCUCUAUAUUUCUCGGGCCUCCUUCUUCCAUAGUCUUCUCAACCGAGUAGCCAAGUUUUGGUCGGGUUGUUGAUGACAUGUUGGCUCGCAGCCAGCAUCACUCAAGCGCGUGGUUGUGCUGUAUAAUCCGUCGACCCUCCCUGCGCUUUCGUUCCGGUCCGUUUAAUAUCGUGGAGCACCCCGCAUCAAGGACAUUGAUUUCAUUUAUUCCCAUGACAUCUGCUUUACCCUUCCAAUCACGAACUUUCGAUCAUUGCCCGCCACAAGCAGCAACGAUUUUCUUUCCGGGUCCUUCCAUGCUCCUCCACCUUCCUGUCUCGACCUCUUGGGUCCUCCUGUGGUUAUUAGAGUUCCAUUCAACGACAAAAGCAGCGAUCCAGAGUCAGCCUCCGAACGUCGACAUCGGACCAACCAGAGCCAAGCGAAAGCCGAUGACCAUGCUCUGAAUGUUUCAGGAAUGGAAUGGUGUCGACGGUGAACCGGAUUGUGACGUCUAAUUUCGUGGUGGGCCUGGCCCGAAGGACGACGGCCUCUUCAA